UUUUUCUUCUACAGUCUCAAGAAAACAAAACCCUCCGCCGCCGCAACCACCAAACAUUUUCUAGGGUUUUAUCAAAAUCACACCACCACAGCCACCGCCGCUGCCGUCGAUGGAUUUAAAACAAAACUAGAUCACCAAAAUCACUCCAAAGCUAUCAUAGUCUAAGUAUUUUAGUGAUGUUUGUUUGAUUCGAACAAAAAUGGUGACUAUGAACUCUUUUGAUCUCUUAGGAGAUGUUGAUAAUGAAGAUCCAUCACAACUUCUUGAGUUACUUCAACAAAAGAUCAAAUCUAAGAAGUUAUCAUCUGUUGUUCCUGAUGCUGAUGAAGUUUCUGCUGCUGCUAAGUUUCCUUCACAUGCUGUGAAGGAGAGGAGAGAAGGUUAUUCAGGGCCACGAGAUCGGGAACGUGGGGGUACUGGACGUGGUAGGGGAGGACGUGGAAGUGGUUUUGGUGGUAGGAAUUCUUACAGCAAUGAAAAUUCUGAUGGGUACACACCUAAUGAUUCAGAAUUGGAGAAGGAUUCAAGAAACCCCUUUGAUAGGGAGCACGGUAUGCGUCAUGGACCAGGUCCAUAUAGGCCUAUUCGUGGUGGUCUAAACACAUGGGGUGACCCUUUUGAUGGUGGAAAUCGUGAUAGAAGAAUCAGGAAUAGGUGGGGGGGUUCGAGGAAGCAGUAUUCCCACGGCAACUCGGCAACAGCCCAUGACCAGCCUGAAGAAAAACAUGAGGACCUUGUUGCGGAAAUGAAGGAAAUUAUUUCUGAUGAGGUGGAGCAGAUUGAUGCACCAGCAUCUGAAGCAAUUAAUGACUGGGAGGAGUCCAAAACUAACGAGGAGAAGGAAGCCGAGACCAAGAAAGCCGAGGCGGCGGCCAAGAAAGCUGAGGAGGAGGCCAAGAAAGCUGAGGAGGAAGCUUCCAAGAAAGCCGAGGAGGAGGCCAAGAAAGCUGAGGAAGAGGCCAGGAGAGCCGAGGAAGAAAAGAAGAUGACUCUAGAGGAGUAUGAAAAGGUACUUGAAGAGAAGAGAAAAGUUCUAGUUGCAAUGAAGGCUGAAGAGAGGAAAGUUGAGUUGGACAAGUCGUUUGAGUCUAUGAAGCUGCUUAAGAAAGGAAAAGAAGAAAUUUUCGUCAAGCUGGGCUCUGACAAGAAUUCAGGAAAACGAAGAGAAGAUGGUGAUCGUGAGGAGAAAGUCAAAAAGUCUGUUAGCAUCAUUGAGUUCCUGAAACCAGCUGAGGGUGAAAGGAGAAACUAUAGAUCUGGAGGUGGUCGACGCGACAGGGGUGAAGGUGAUCGUGGUGCCACCAGAGGCCGUGGUAGGGGUCAUAACAACAACAAUGCAAGAUCAUCACCUGAUGGUCCAUCUAUUGGUGAUAUCAGUCUCUUUCCCUCAUUGGGUGGAAAAUAGACGCACAUAUUUCAUCUUACACCCAACUCUUUGUUUUGUGGGCUACCUACCCACCACAUACAUUUGCCACGGAAGUUUUGUAGAGUUGGGUUAGGUGGUUAGAAGAAUUUGAGGUUCUCUUGAUCCUACUUUUAGGUUAUGAAAGAUUUUUAUAUUAGUUUAGUGAUACAUCUGUGAUCACAAAUAUUUAAGUACCUCUUUAGUUUAUUUAUUUAUCUGCUUACGGUUGGCAGCAGCACAGUUCAGAUUAUAAAACCUCUCUUUAACUAGUCGGAUUUUAAGCAUAUCUAGCUCUAUUGUCUUC